AUGGCUGUCAAUAAUGAAGGGAAACAUCAAAACCAAACCAUCCAAUACAAAGAUCUCGCUCAUAAGACUCUCCUUAAUAGUGAUGCACUUUAUGAGUAUAUCCUUGAAACCAGUGUGUUUCCAAGAGAGCACCCAUGUUUGAAGGACAUUCGUGAGAUGACAGAAAAACAUCCAAAGAGCCUUAUGGCUGUGCCUGCUGAUGAAGGACAGCUUAUAAGCAUGCUGAUUAAGCUCAUGAAUGCAAAGAAGACGAUGGAGAUUGGUGUGUACACUGGUUACUCUCUUCUCUCCACUGCUCUUGCUCUUCCGUCCGACGGAAAGGUAUUGGCUUUGGACAUCAGUCGUGAAUACUAUGAGUUAGGAUUGCCGAUGAUUGAAAAAGCUGGAGUGCUUCACAAGAUUGACUUUAGAGAAGGAUAUGCUCUUCAUCUUCUUGAUGAACUUCUUCAAGAUGAAAAUACCAAGGGAACAUUUGAUUUUAUUUUCGUGGAUGCUGAUAAGAAUAACUACAUAAACUAUCACAAGAGGGCAAUUGAUCUGGUUAAAGUUGGGGGAUUGAUUGGAUACGACAAUACCUUAUGGAGUGGGUCAGUGGCGGCUCCACCUGAUGCACCUAUGAUAGACAUCAUUAGGAAUUUUCGCGAUUAUGUGAUUGAGCUCAACAAGUAUCUAGUUCAAGAUUCAAGAAUCGAUAUUUGUCAGCUCUCUGUAGGAGAUGGAAUCACGCUUUGUCGCCGUAUAAGCUAA